AUGUCGGGAACCUUGGAAUUGGCCGCUGGAGUCCUUGCAAUUGUUGGUGCGGCUGACGUUGCCGUAAGAACGGGUCGCGAAGUUCACGGCUUUCUACGCAACAUUGCCGGUGCGCCCGAGGAGAUCAAUCGGUUAUGCGCAACCGUCAAGGAGGUUGCUAUACUCGCUGAGACCGCAAAGCAGCUUCUGGAUAAAAUCGCCAAACGAAAGCAAACGGAAGUGACGGAACAGUCAAUUGGCUUGUUCGAAGCAGCACUCAAGAGCAUGAAUCGCGAACUGCAAAAUCUGCGAGUAUUGAUUGCAAGAUUCAGAGGCGGAAACAAUACUUGGAGUAGGGUGAGGUAUGUGCUGGAUGAGCGCAAACUCAAUAAAGCCUUUGAAAACCUUGAGCGGUCAAAGAGCCUCCUUGGAAAUUCUUUGCAAGUUGCUAGCAGGUACGUCUUCAUUGAUAACAUCACCGAUUGGUGGUGGUUGAACAAUCGAUACAUCGGACUGGAGAUCUACCAAGACACGUACUUAUACUCUUCUAGACAGAGAUCGGAUGACCAGCAUCAGGAAAUAGUGAGAAGACAUGAAAGAGAACGCAAGUUACUGUCGGCGACUCGUAGGGACCAAAAAAAUGCGUUACAUUGUCAAGCAAAGCUGGCACGUACCUCGAAUAGCAUCCAGAGGGACACACGCAGGAUCUCCAAGGUCUUGAACGUGACGCAUCGGGAGAAUUUCAGCGAACAUCAAAAGACCCGCGAUUUUCUUUCUGCCAAGAUCGAAGAUGUUAUUGCCGCUGAAUUGGAGAGGCUCCGGCUACCCCUGGCUGAACGUACUUUCAACCGGAAUAUCUUCUUCUUCGGUGAACACCGGGACAUGAUCAUGGCUUACUUACUCUUACUAAAGUCUCAACUAGCAGAUGCAUCCAAGCGUCUACUCUCUGAAGACGGGGCAAGUUUCUCGGCUCGUCAGGUUACUUGGCUGCAACUCGAAUUCGACAAUCUCGUUGCGUCGGCAGCACAAGAAGAGGCGGCAAGGCAUCAUCGAUCUACCGCCACUUCUUUAGACCAAUGGCACUACUCCGAAAACAUUGUUCGCCAUCCGGUCAAAAACUCCCAGCGUAUGAUAGGAGGCCCGAGAACUGAGGCAGACAAACACUGGUCCGUGGAGGAUGUGUACGAAAAGAUGCCACCUAGUAAACCGUCAACGAGCGAUCAGCCAACGUAUACCCAUAAUACUGCUUUUGGAAUUCUUCGCGUAUAUAUUCCCCAACAAGCCACCGAGUCAAAAGUUCAACGUACCAACGACGAGGCUGGCUUUACGUUCACCUGCGGUAUCGGCCAGUCAAUCCACGCCAUACAUGUACACUUUCUACGCGAAAUCUUCGGUAAAUCAGGACCAAGAUUAAGUGCGCAACUCAAUGUCUUUACCCUGGCUGAGUCGGAGGUUCAUUACUAUGAGCUUUUUGCUCAUGGCAGUGCUGAAGAUAUCGACGACGCGUUACGAAAUGGCUACGCUGCAGAGCAUGCACGAGUGGACAUAUUCGACUACCUAGAUAGCCAGGGCAUCGGUAUUGCGAAUCUGAAACAUGAUAUAAGCCUAGUAGCAGGUCUCUUCAAGCGCUCAAUGAUAGACUACGACCGUAUUGCGCUUGAGACCUCUGUUGAUCACGUUCUCCAAAAAGUGUACGACACAUUAUCCUUUUUAUUCGAAACAACAAUGAACAUGCUUCUUUGGGACUACUACCGCAGGCGCCCCCGCUCCUUACUCACACAACAAAUCCGGCGGCUGCAGAAAGAAAAGCUCGUUCCAGACUCACUCAUGCUCGACGACCAGCCAUGGGACUGGGACUCGGUUUCCACGCUCAUGAACCCGCUCUUCGCGCAAGAUGCCGUCUAUGUCAAUGCGCUAGGCAGUUUGGGACGCAAUAGGAUUCAACGCUGCAGCUGCGUCGUCAUAAAUGACGAUGGCGGUGACCAAGACGCCAUUACGGAGAUUUCAAAUGCAUUGAUCAAGGCGGGCGUGGAUAUACAUCAUCGUGAUCAUGAUGGCUUGACACCCAGUAUGUACUCAAAGCGAUGUGGCGCCUGGGAGGGAUGGUGCAAAGCUCUUGAGAGAAACGGACAGCGUAUCAAAGAUGUGCUGAGAGAUGAGGAUGCCGAAUGGCUGUUGGACGAAAGAUGGCGUGAGAUAUGGGUGGAGAAGUAUGGGGAGAUGUGA